AUGAUACGUCAAAGGUCUCGUUAGAAAGAAUAGAAUAUUAAAUUCUAAAAAGGAUUUGAUAAAUUUUUAUAUUACUAAUGGAAAUUCCAUAAUAUAUUAUUAAAUAAAUUCGCAAUGGCGACAAAGGCUGCUACACCACCCUUGCAAAAGUCUGCUUCUUCGUCUGGAAAUGCAGCGAGUCUUCAGGUUUCAUUGCCUCAAAUGCUGGAUCUUGCUUUGGGUACACCCGAGGUGGGUGCUGUGAAUUUAAAUAUCCUUCACAACUUUCUUCAUGUUCUACUGCAUCAAAUUAAUUUACGAACAACAAAAGUGGAAUUUAGGGGUGAUGAUGCCAAUCGAAUGAAGACAAUAGUGGCUUCCCUGAGAGCUGGGCCAAGUUUGCAUCUACACGAAUACAAUAUUACUGAUGGUUCUGGAAGGGUAAAACAGCGAAUUCACAGUAAUGAAAAUUUGACAGUCAAUGUUGAUAUCUACACAGAUGCUGAGCCUCAAACCAAGCCUGGAAAAGGGGCUUCGAGUGCACCAUCCACAGCACGUAUUACCAAAUCUAAAUCAGAAUUAGAAAGUGGAACAGCUGUGAAAAAAGUUAAGGGGCUGAAACAACAAAUAAGUGGGGGAAUAGAGGGUGAAUUCGAAUCAGUUAUCUUUGUAGAACCAGUUAUAGAUGGAGCUACCCCCACUGCAUUGGGUUUCAAAAAGCUGGAGGAUUCCGUACAAAAACUUCAACAGCAGUUUCAAGCUCUUGAAGAGUUGUCCGCCAAUUCAGAGUUGAUAGAAAAAGUGAGAGGAAAUAGUACAGAUCCUCUGACAGAUAUGUGGCAAAUUAUUAACAUUAACAAGAGAUUAGAUGCAAGUGAGCAGGGAAUAAAUAAGUUAACAUCUAUUUUGCAAGAUAUCAUCAAAGGUGACAAAAUAGAAAUUCAAGGUGGAUCUGAUAUGUCAACAGAAUUAGCUGAAACUGAUCGCAGAUCAGCAGAUUUAGAAACGAAUCUUGCUAUUUUAUAUGAAGGGGAUAAUUUGAGUCCUCGAGAAAUUCAGGCAACAUCAGGAAAUAAAUUUAAUGAAUCAUUAGGACAUACUCAAAUAACAACAAAGGAUCCAUCUGAUAACGUUGAGAAAGAAAUUGCAACUCAAGAUUUGACCCAAAAUAAACUUAGUCAACGAUCUGUAACGGCGAGUAGAUCUGAAGGUGGUGCCAAAGGAAAUAACGAAGGAGGAGUACCUUUAAAAGAAACUAGGAGCAUCCCUGGAGACGCAGUGAAGAGGCCUAGCAUUACAAUGGAUCUUAAUGAGAUGCGUGGAGACCUAAGCAGUCUCAAAAAUGAUAUCUCUGCAGUUCGAAAACACAUUGCUGAUCUGCAGUUCAAGAUUGAAGAGUUACCUAGUGGUGCCAAUCCAGAAGCUGGAGAAUCUGGAACAGGUGCUAAGAAAGCUGUACCUGGAGGAGGAGCUAGUAAAAAAACAGAAGAUGGAGGUAUAAAAAAAGGAGAGAAAUCUUCAGCGGUAGAAACAGAAGCAGAAAGCGGAGACAAGACUGGAUCUUCUGCAGCUGCCAAUCAGCUUCCAAGAACGGAAGGAUCAACUGAACCUGAAAGUGGAACAAAUGCAGAAAUAUUAAAUCGUUGUUUGGAAACUGUUCAAAAUGUUGAAGCUAUGUAUGCAGUUGCAAUACCAGAAUUGAAUAAUAGAGUUCAAGAAUUAGAAAAAGAUGUGGCUCAACUUAUGGAGAGAGUGAACAACUCACCGAUGGGUGGAGUUGGUCCAGAAGGAGGUCUAAUUAUUAAUGAUCUUGUUACCAAGAUUCAAAAUAUUCAAUCUGAUAUGCAGACAUUGAAUGAGACGACGAAUAAGAUUCUAAAAGAAAAAGGAAAUCUUGAUACUCAAACAAUCGUUCUGCAGGAGCAAAUCGAACUAUUGAAAACUGUGAAAGCUGAUAAAGAAGACCUCGAGGAUGCUUUAGCUGAUAAGGCAGAUGCUAAGGCUGUUAAAAGAAAGGUCUCCUAUGAUCAAUUUGACGCAACUUGUGAUGACCUUACUCGUGGCCUUGAAGAAGCAAUUGCCAAAUUGAGUCAGCAAGAGUCGGUCUGGCAGCAAUCUUUACAUGAAAUUCAACAAGAAAUAGGAAGCAAACUCGAUAAGGUAGAAAUUUCACCUCUGAAGGAAUUUGUUGAUGAGAAAAUUAAAACCCUUCAAGAAAAACUGAAAGUAUUAGCUGAUAUGAGGCAGGAGAACGAAGCAGCUGGAACUAAAAAAAUGCUGAGAGAUGUACAAUGCUUAUCUUGUGACAAAAACGUGGUUAUGAGAAUGGAGGAAAGUACCAACAUUCGUCCGCCUCCCAUGUCUUGCAUGAAAAGCAUUAAACCAUACCUGACUUAUGAACUAAAUCAAAUCAGAAAGCAAAAAAAAUUGCCAAAAAGCAGAAAUAUGCAGCAGUUGGAAGCUGCUUUACAACAGGAAAGAAAAAUUAAAAUGAAGGAGAAAGCUCUUGUCAAAACUCCAAGAAAACAUUUAUAUAAUCGUUACUGUGGUGGAAGUCACACGGUAAUAACUCCACUGCAAAAAAUAAUGAGGAUCGGUAAUUUUAAUAAUCAAUGGGGACCUCAAGUGGUUCAACUUUCUGAAGGUUUUAUUGAAGGAUCUGAUGGGAAAAUGUAUCGAAGUCGACUUCUCGCUGGUGAAUAUGGGCCCAAAAAGCAAAUUUUUUGUGAACCUUGCGACAAUAGAUGUAAUAUUGAACAAUCCGGUGUUCAACGAAUUUCUAGUAUUCAACAAAAAUCUAAAGAGAAUCAUUCUCCUGUUGCGAAUCAAGAGAGCCCAACUGGUCAGAAGAGAGCUAGCAACGCAUCACUGGGCCAAGGAGAGAAAGUAUCCAAGAAACCAUCGAUUGUAGUUUCUCGAAGAUUUUCAAGGGAACUUUCUCAGAUACAAAUGCCUGAAGAACAAUCACCUCCUCCACCUUCCCCAUCAACGAGGGAACCAUCAUUAAUAAAAACCGUAAAUUUGGCUGAAGAUGCCAACAAUUUUUUCAGAAGUGAAUUUGAAGAAGAUGAAAUUGACGAACUUGAGGAAUGAGCUUUAUUCUAAAAUCAUUAGAAAAGUUAUUAAUUUAUUUGAAUCUUCUAAACAAAUUUACAUUCUUUUGACAAUAA